AUGAGGGACAAAGGAGUUCUUGAGUCUGUUGGUCCUACACUUGGGAAGGAGCAGCCUUCCACUGAACAGGCUCCUCUGGUUGCUAAUGACGGUGUGCAGGGGGUGGCUGGCAUUGUCAGGAAUGUCCAGCAGUUUAUCCAGUGUCCUCCUCUCUGCCACCAUUUGACUGCAGCAUUUGAUACAGUGGACCAUGACAUCCUCAUUGUUCGUUUGGAGCAGUGGCUGGGCGUCGGUGGCACAGCACUGGAAUGGUUCAGGUCCUACCUGUCACAUCGGACUUUCUGUGUCGGCCUUGAUGACUUGAUGACUCAGUGUCCUCCACUGUGUCCUCCACUGCACCGAGCCCUGUGGGGUCCCACAGGGCUCGUCUUGAACGGCCUUGCCCCACCUUACCUCUCUGAGCUGCUGCACCCCUACACUCCUAGCCGAUCUCUCAGCAUCUGUUACCUGGUACCCAGGCACCUGUCGCCUAUCUUCCGUCCUACCUGCCUGAUCCCUGGAAUUUUGACCGGUGUCACUUACAGGAGUACAGGAGGCUGUUUUGUUCUUUUUCUUUUUUUAAAAGCAGUAAGCAUUACAAUUAUAACUGAUGUCAAGUAUAAGAUUGAUGGGGAUGAAGUCAUUAAGAGUCCUGCAAUGACCUUGGACAAAUAUGUCAUCAGCAACGAGCAGUGCCGGUCAGUGAAACAGACAACUACCCUCUCAAAGACAACCCAAAAGGAGCAAAGGUGGGACACCAGCUUUUCAUUCACAGUGGGCGCUAAGACUAGUAUCACCACUGGAAUCCCCUUCAUCGCUGAAGGAAAACUCGAGUUUAACGCAGAAACGACCUCCCAGUUCACCAAGGGGACCACUCUUACUGAGUCGAAAACCCAGUCUGUUGCUGUUGAGGUCGAAGUCCCACCAAACCACUCCUGCUGUGUCAGAAUGGUGGGACAUAAGUACACGGCAGACAUCCCAUACACUGCACGCCUCAAGCGCACCCACAGAAACGGGACGACCUCAUGGACGUCCAUCUCUGGGACCUACAAAAACGUCCAAAUUGGAGAAGUCCAUAGUAAGGUGGAUCGCUGUGAACCUCUACCUAACGCCAGCCCCAUAGAAAAAAAUUUAAAUAAAUUGAAAGAUACUCCAUGAGAUAAGACACCUGUAAUAAUGUGGAUAGCCUUAACAUUGUAAUGAAAACCUAAA